AUGGCUGCGUCGAAUUUCCCCCACAACAAGAAGAGAACAUUGUACGUUGGUGGAUUUGGCGAGGAGGUUACAGAGAAGGUUUUGAUGGCAGCUUUCAUUACGUUCGGGGAUAUUGUCGCCAUUUCAAUUCCAAUGGAUUAUGAAACAGGGAAACACCGAGGAUUCGGCUUCGUGGAAUUCGAAUUAGCAGAAGAUGCAGCGGCUGCUAUAGAUAAUAUGAACGAAAGCGAACUGUUCGGCAGGACAAUUAGGUGUAAUUUCGCCCGCCCUCCAAAAGCCACAGAGCGGUCCUCUCGUCCAGUUUGGGCAGAUGACGAGUGGCUCAAGCGCUAUGGAAAAGGUAGUGGCAUAGCAGAUGCUAAGGAAAGCAAUGGCUCAGCAUCAACAGCAAAAGGACUGCCACGAGUUUAUUUAGGUGUCAAGAUCGGCAUAAGAUAUAUUGGACGAAUAGUAAUCGAGUUACGCUCGGAUGUUGUACCUAGGACAGCAGAAAAUUUCCGGUGUUUGUGUACAGGCGAGAAGGGCUUCGGUUAUGAAGGAUCUUCCUUCCAUCGUAUCAUACCGAAAUUCAUGCUUCAAGGAGGUGAUUUUACGAAAGGUGAUGGCACGGGAGGAAAGUCAAUAUACGGUCCUAAAUUUGAGGAUGAAAAUUUCAAGCUGAAACAUCUAAUGCCUGGUACUGUGUCGAUGGCGAACUGUGGUCCCAACACAAAUGGAUCGCAAUUUUUCAUAUGUACUGAAAAGACGGAUUGGCUAGACGGAAAGCAUGUCGUAUUCGGACACGUAGUUGAAGGAAUGAAUGUUGUUCGACAAGUUGAGCAACAGGGUACACCUUCUGGAAAACCUCAGAUGGUUGUGAAAAUAGUGGAAUGCGGCGAACUCGAUCCAGUCCCCCAAACAGAGCCGCAAGAGAACGAAGAAAAUUCAGAUCCUCAGACCCCAAUGGAUGUAGAACCUCAAAAGGAAACGGCUUAA